UUGCGGAGUCUGCAGAGUGAGUUUAGCUUUACGGAGGAAAUCUGGCUUCAGGCAGGUAUGGAUAAUUUCAGUGAAGAAUUGGCAAGGCCUGUGACAAAGGAUGGCCAGGUGAAAAUGUCUAUACUCUCUGGUACAGGAAUGCAUUUUCCCUGGCUUCAAAGUUAUGUAGAAACUGUGGUGAUUGGAGGAAAGAAAAAGAAGGAUUUUUCCCAGACAACAAGUGCUUGUUUAAGUUUUAUCCAAGAAGCUCUGUUGAAGCACCAGUGGCGGCGAGCUGCAGAGUACAUGCACAGUUAUUUCCAGGCCUUGGAGACUACAGAUGGCCACCAAAGACAGACUGUGCCGGAGCUUAUUUGGAAACUUGGAAGUGAAAUUCUAUUUUAUCAUCCUAAAAGCAACGUGGAGACUUUCACUACUUUUGCUGACCGGAUGAAAAAUAUUGGUGUCAUGAAUUAUUUAAAGAUUUCCUUACAACAUGCAUUAUACCUUCUGCAUCAUGGAAUGCUUGAGGAUGCUGACAGAAAUCUUAGGGAAGCAGAAACAUGGAGAUACGGUGAAAAGUCAUCUUCCCAGGAAAUAUUAAUAAACCUGGUUCAGGCCUAUAAAGGACUUUUGCAGUAUUAUACUUGGUCUAAAAAGAAAAAGGAAUUGUCAAAGCUUGAUAAGGAUGAUUAUGUGUAUGGCACUACAACCCGAAGUAUGAUCAAUCGCAGCUGGAAGACAUCUAUGAAUCUUAGUGCACUGAUUAAAAUUCCUGGAGUGUGGGACCCUUUUGUGAAGAGUUAUGUGGAGAUGCUGGAAUUCUAUGGGGAUCAAGAUGCAGCCCAAGAGGUACUCACCAAUUACGCAUAUGAUGAAAAGUUCCCGUCAAAUCCGAAUGCUCAUAUCUACUUAUAUAACUUUCUAAAGCGAAAGAAGGCACCAAGAACAAAACUGCUAAGUGUGCUUAAGAUUUUAUAUCAGAUUGUACCAUCCCAUAAAUUGAUGUUGGAAUUUCAUACAUUACUUAGAAAAUCAGAAAAAGAAGAACACCAUAAACUGGGAUUGGAAGUGUUAUUUGGAGUUUUAGAUUUUGCUGGAUGCACCAAGAAUAUAACUGCUUGGAAAUACUUGGCAAAAUACCUGAAACAGACCUUAAUGGGAAAUCAUCUUGUGUGGGUUCAAGAACAGUGGAACUCCAGGAAAAACUGGUGGCCAAGCUUUCACUUCAGCUACUUUUGGGCAAAAAGUGAUUGGAAGGAAGAUAUGGCUUUGGCGUGUGAGAAAGCUUUUGUAGCUGGAAUAUUGUUGGGAAAAGGUUGUAGAUAUUUUCGGUAUAUUUCAAAACAAGAUCAUCAAGUCAUAAGGAAGAAAAUUAAGCAAAUGAAGAAAUCAGUAAAAAGAUACAGUAUUGUCAAUCCAAGACUGUGAUACGAAUUUUAGUUAUUUCUUAGUAGCUACAGAGUAGUAGCUUGAUAGGGAGUUACUGAAUGUAUUUCUGUACCAUUUUGAGAAGGUAGUUUAUGUGACUACAAAAUGUUAUUUUUAAUAUAUUUUUAUACUUUUUUUAUCAGUUAUAGAUAGGGAAACAGUCUUACUGCCUUUGUUCUUUAUAAAUAUGUAUGUUUUCAUUUUUAUAAUGUUAACUGUAGUAUUUAUUAAGGAAUAAUUCCUUAAGUGAAAAAAUAUUUGUUUAAUUAGGGAGUACAGCCCUACAGCAGAUAUUUGCAGAUAAUUUGCCUCUGAUUAUUAUGUAAUAAAAUAUAACUUGU